AUGCCUAACACAAGGCUCACAGUCCGCCUUUGCGGAGCCGCCAGAGUUUCCCUCAGUGCGGAGAAGUGUGGUCCCAACUCUCAGGACCGAAGCUGCCCACCACUCGCCGGGCUGCCCCUUCCCGGCGGCAUCAGGACCGAAGCUGCCCACCUCCCCCCCGGGGCCGCACCGCCACCCCCGGCCCCCCCGCCCGGGCCCCGGGCCCCGCACUCACCACCCGGCCGGGCCCCGCGGGAGGAGCGCGCCGAGGCGGGCGCCGGCCGCUGCGGGCUCGGGAUCUGCGCGCGGCGGUCUCGCUGCCCCCCGCCCGCCCCCCCCCCGGAGGUGGCUCCGGCGGCGCCGCAGCUGUUACCCGGAGACCGAGGGGCGGAAAAGCGCGCCCGCUGCCCGCCCCUCCCGCCGCGCCGCUGCCACCGCCGGGAACAAAGGAGACAAAGCCGCGUCGGCCGGGCCGGGCUUCGCUCCUUCCCCCCGCGCCCGCCGGGCCGCCCUCCCCCCGCCCGCCGCCCAGGCCAGGCCGGAAGCAGCCGCGAGAGCCGGGCGCGCGGCCCCGAGCCGCCCGGGACCCCGCAUUCCAGCCCUACGGGCUCCGCACUUGCCGAGGGCGGGGAUUCGACCCCUCCCUGUGGGGGCGCAGGCUGCAAGGCGGCGGUAGCCACGGCAACGCGGGUCGCGGCCAGGCGAGCCGAGGGCGAGGAGCGGAGCCCGGAGCGCGGGCGGCCGGGAGCGCGGGCGGCCCAGCCCCACCCCGCCGGGCCUCACCUGCGCGCGGCGCAGGAACCGGAAUCAGGAGCCCUCCUGGGAGGGGCGGGGUGGGGGGGCGUGCUCCGCACCCACAGGUGUGCAGGUACCGCGCCCGGCCGCUUCCGUCGCCCCUGA